AUGAGUACUUGGGCGAGGAGGAUUACCUGCUCUAUGGCCUCUGCACAAAAGAAGAGCUCCAUGAGACAAAGGAAGUCCCUCCUCAUCUUGGUGGUGGUAUGGAUUCUUUCCCUGCUACUUGCCAUUCCUGAUGGCCUCUUCACCAGCACAAGGCAACUCCACAACAAAUCCCUCACGUGUGCCCAGGAUUAUGGGCAGAACCACUUAGUUUGGAAAGUAGUCUUUCGGGUCAUCCAAAACACCUUGGGUUUUCUUCUUCCAUUCCUCUUCAUGAUGUUCUGCUAUUCCCGCAUCGCCUGCAUCCUCACCACAUCUCACAUGCCUGGCUCAAGGAGAGUGCUCUGCUUAGUCUUUACUCUGGUGUGUGUCUUCUUUGUCCUGUGGUCCCCUUACAACGUUGUUCUCGUCCUCCACUCCCUGCAAGACGUUGGUGUGAUCAGGAGCUGUGAAAUCAGUAGGCAGUUGGACUAUGCCAUGCAGCUGACGGAGAGUUUGUCCUUUGUCCACUGCUGUCUGAACCCCUUGCUCUAUGCUUUUGUGAAGAAACGUUUCAGGUUAUACUUAUGGAAGAUCCCUCAGGCCAUUUGCAGGAGAAGAGCUUUCUUUGACAUCCAGCCCUCUGAGACAAGCCAGUCUGGCAGCAGAUGUGCAGCAGACAUAGAGAUGCUGAGUAUCACAAAUAUUUAG